GCACCCGGUGAAAGCUCUAUCACUCUCUCUCCCUAUUUUCCGUGGAAGCCUUUCUUCCUUUGUCGUUUUUUCCUUUUUCAUUCAUUGAUUCAUUCUGCUAAAAGAAGCGUAUUUUCUUCUAGAUUUCCAUCUUUGCAAAAGGGAUAAAGGGUUGCUACCAUUAAUGGUUUGGUUCGGCUAUUUGUAGUAACCUUGUGCUAUGAAAACAAAGAAAACCAUUAUCAUGAAAGGGUUCUUGAAACUUUAACACCUGAACCUUCAUCUAAACAAUUGUUCAACCUAAACACAGCACCUCACCUGUUAAGCCUAUCUCAUGCAAGAGAUUCUUUGUGUUCAGGGUUGAGCCUCACCCGCUAACGUUUCCACGCUUUUUUUUGUUUCAUCUGUUCCAUUUCAGCCACCCCCAGAUUCUAAAGUCACAACCUUGGUUUUGAUUCUCCCCUGUUUUCCUUUGUCUGUUUCCACAUCUUUUUUGUCUUUUGCUAGAACCUAUGUCGUCUGUGCCAGCACGAACAGGGCGACAAAGACAGCGUUAUGAAGACAAUUUGCGCCUUGUCUCUGGAUGUAUUCCCUAUAGAUGGAGAAAGGACGACACAGAUCUAAUGGGAGGAACUGAGAUAAUGGAAGUACUAAUGAUUUCUUCACCAAAACGUGAUGACCUAGUAUUCCCAAAGGGUGGAUGGGAGGAUGAUGAGACUGUUACAGAAGCUGCUUGCCGCGAAGCUUUAGAGGAAGCAGGAGUUAAAGGAAUACUAAGAGAAAUUCCAUUAGGAAUAUGGGAGUUCAAAAGCAAAAGCAGUCAAGACUUGUGUAGCAUUGAAGGAGGCUGCAGAGGAUACAUGUUUGCCUUGGAGGUGACUGAAGAACUUGAGCAUUGGCCAGAGCAGAAAAAUCGUUCUCGCCGAUGGUUAAACAUAAAAGAGGCAUUCAGACUCAGCAGAUAUGACUGGAUGUGUAAUGCACUUGAGGCUUUUUUGAGAGUCAUGGAAGAAGACAGAAAGGUUGAUGAGAAGCAAGAGCAGAAUACCGAACUUGAACAACCUUCAAUUAUGGUAGCAGAUGUGUCAGAAUGCCAAACCAUGUCACCCAACUGUUAUAAAAGAUCCUCAACCAUGCAGCACCAUGGCAUGCCUCCUUCUGUCAAUCUUCUGUCACGUGCUACUCAAGAGAUAGCCAUCCACUUUGGUUAUUGACAUCACCAUGACACUUUUGUAAAAUGUUCAUGUAUUAGAUAAAAGAUUGUGCGUAACUCCUUCAAAUUGUGAGAAGAACAUGUUGUGAAGUUGUGACUCGGAUGCACAUGCCAUCAUCGACCUCAUUGUUGUCGGGUUUUUCUUCUUUCUGUCCGAUGUGAUCGUGAUGUAAAAGUGUGGUGGUGCAAGUCUCAAGUGUAUAUGGACUUGACAGUUGUUUGAUUCACCCCACUGAAACUGAAGGCUUGUAAAAUAGCAUUGUUUGUGAAAACUAGUAGUAGAGUACAAGGGACAAAGACUAUGCUGCUUUUGACAACCUUCGAUUCAUAACCUUAUAACAUGUCACUUUUCAGACAACACCCUUGAUUUCGUUCUCAAAAUUCUGUUGGGCAUGUGCACUAUCCUUGGCUACCUGUUUCAGUGUCUGUGUUUUCUGUGAUGUUCAUGUUUCUCUUACCCAUGAAA